AUGGGAAAUCUGAUGGGCAGCUGGCGCUACAAGGAGCCGAGCACCGUGGAGGAAUGCGACUCGACGUGGGGGUCGGACUCCGAGAGCGACGAGCCCGCGGCCGAAGAUGACAGCGGCAUCUCCGACCCCGCCAGCCCGGCGGAGAGCGGCCGCAGCGCCGCAGAGCCCGGAGACGCGUCCCCGCAGCUGCCUGGAUCUCCAGAGUCUGCUCCGAAGAUGAAGAGGAGUUUUUACGCUGCCAGGGACCUCUACAAAUACCGACACUGCUAUCCGAACUACAAAGAGUCCCGGCAGCCCAACGAGUACCGUAACCUGCGCUUCUACCUGAACAAAAUCCCUCUUGUGCCAGAUGGUAUCUACAUCGAGGAGAUUCUGACGAAGUGGAGAGGCGACUACGACAAACUGGAGCACAAUCACACCUACAUUCAGUGGCUAUUCCCAUUAAGAGAACAAGGGCUCAACUUCUACGCACAAGAACUGACUCAGGACGAGAUCAAAGAAUUCCAAAGCACUCGGGAAGCCAAGCGGAGAUUCCUGGCGGCCUACUCGCUCAUGUUGGAUUUCUACGGCAUCAAGCUGCUGGACAAGAGCGGGAACGUCGCCCGGGCUCCCAACUGGCAGGAGCGCUUCCAGCACCUCAACGAGUCGCAGCACAACUACCUGCGCAUCACUCGCAUCCUGAAGUCGCUGGGCGAGCUCGGCUACGAGGCCUUCAAGCCGCCGCUGGUGCGGCUGCUCCUGGAGGAGUCGCUGUGCCACGCCACCCUUCCCAACAUGCAACACAGCGCCCUGGAGUACUACGUCUACACCAUCCGCCUUCCGGCCAGCCGCAGGCGCCUGCUCCGCUACGCCCGCCAGUACUACCGGCCCGCUCACGCCUUCCUCUGGGGGCCGCCGCCUAAAAAGCGCGGGGCGGGCGGCGGCGGCUCUGGCGGCGCCGGGAGCAGCGGCAUCAGAGCCCCGGCGCCGACACCAGAGCAGCAGCGGAAGGGGGAGGAGAGCGCCGUUUCCUCUGCCGCAAGUGCCGAGAUCAUGGUUUCCUCCCACUAGGCCGUGACGGGACGGGGGCUGGCGGGGGCGGCGACGGAGGAGCGUCGCCGGGUCGGAGGGAGCGCUGAUGACGGCAGGAGCGACG